AUGACAAUUAUCAAUUACGGCAGGAUUGAUCCUUGUGAAACCCAUGUUAAUAAGAUCGAUACAUGUCAAGUAAUAAUUAAUCUUUCUGGUGAUUGUUAUUUCAGUCUAGUCAAUUUGAGCAAUACGGAAUACAGUCAAUGUACGUCGAACCGUAUCGAAACAGCAUUUACACAAUUGCAUCGAGCUAAUACAAUUUAUUUUGAUAAUGAAAAAUUGAUGUCAGCUACACCACAUAUUUAUCGAAUUAUUAAUCAUCACGAAACUGAUGUAACAAAAAGCGAUAAAAUCUUGAUACAACAUUCGGAUUCAAAUUAUCAAAUCAUAUUGAAAUUUCAAGGUCCAACAAGAGUCACUCGUUAUGAUGUUAAUAUCGUUUAUAAUACUGUUCCCAAGUCUUAA